CUGAUUGUAUUCAAUUGUAUUUUUAUGUUUAUUUUUGCCAUAUGGAAACAAUUCGUAUGUAAUUGGAUUUAGCGUGACAUUUUAAUUUUCCAUAUAAAAUUUAGUUUAUGUGGUUCAUACUAUAUUAAUUUAAUUUUUUCGAUAAUUCUACCAAAAUAUUAUAAAUGGAUGUGCUUAAAGCAGAAAUAGCAAGAAAAAGAAAACUACUGGAAGAGAAAAACGUGCUCGACAACAACAAAAAAUACUUUAAACGUGGUGAGUUGCUUGCAAAAGAACAAGAAGAAUAUUGGCAAAAGUGUGGUCAGCAAAACAAAGAAUCUGAAAAUGAGGAUAUCAAAGAAGACAAAACAGAGAUAGUUAGCAAACAAGAGCAACAAGAUAUAGAUCAAUCGGAAUUAGUGUCAUUACCAAGGACAGAAGUGAUAAAACGGCUAAGGGAACGAGGGCAUCCAAUAUUAAUAUUUGGAGAAAAUGAAGCACAAUCAUUUAGAAGACUUCGGAGGAUAGAAAUACAAGAGCCUGAAGCAAACAGAGGUUUACGCAAUGACUUUCAAGAAGCAAUGGAUAAAGUUGAUCAGGCUUAUCUCAAUGAAAUUCUUUCUCUUGGAACCCAGAGUGAAGCUGAAAAGUCUGCAAAAGAAGAUGCCUUAGAUGAUGUAAUCACCUAUGAAUUUAUACAAGAAAUGGCUAAGACUAUGGGUCAAGGUGAUAGAAAUCAUGACAUGAAUGUUAUUAUGACUUUAUUACAGUUUCUUCUAAACAUGUGGGGUCAACAACUGAAUUCUGCAACUGGUGCUGAAAAAACAUCUGUUAAACAUAAAAUGGCACGUGCGACUUACACACAGACUCAAGUGUAUUUGAGACCACUGAUGAGGAAAUUGAAAAAGAAGACGUUACCGGAAGAUAUAUGUGACAGUCUUAUGGAGAUAACAAAACAUUUGUUGGAAAGAAACUAUAUUAUGGCAAGUGAUUCCUAUCUUCAAAUGGCAAUAGGAAAUGCCCCAUGGCCUAUUGGUGUUACUAUGGUCGGUAUACACGCCCGUACCGGCAGAGAGAAAAUUUUCUCUAAAAAUGUUGCACACGUAAUGAAUGAUGAGACGCAAAGGAAAUAUAUUCAAGCAUUGAAGAGGCUUAUGACGAAAUGUCAGGAGUAUUUUCCUACAGACCCUUCAAGAUGUGUUGAAUACAGUACCACUAGAUAAUAAAAUGUUUAUCGUAUUAC